AUGGACCAAAUCACUGCUCGCUCGGGGUCUCGCGUGGUUCUGGUCGUAGAUGGUGUAUCCAACGAGUCGCAAGUACAGCUCCAGAAUGCCCAGGAACCACAGCUCUACCAGGCACGCAGCGCUGGUGAGCACCAGCACGUACGACGAGUGGUCGGCGCCCAUGUCCAUCACGAGCUUCAGCUGCUCCUCGUUGGCGCCCAUGAACGUUAUUCCCGCCAACACCAGCGAAAAUGGUGGCAGGUACUGGAAAGACAUAAUCUUGCCCGACUGGUGGCACCGCUGGUCGUGGAGCAGGAACGUGAUCUCCCAGAUGCGCGCAAACCCGCCCAGCAUCAGCACCCAGCCGAAAAAAGCGUGCACCUUGGUGGAGAUCUCCAUGUGCUGGGCGUGCUGCGACAUGGCGUACGCGGUGAACAUGAGAGUGAGCGCGGGCAUCGGGUUGCGGCGGUUAUUGCGGGACAGCCAGAUCCCGAGCAUUCCGCACGCCCAGAAGAUGAUGCCCAUGCUGGUGUGCUGGUAGUCUCCGUGGGACCAGGGCUCCCAGGGCCUGUGCUCUGUGAAGGUGUUGAUGAUUCCCCAGACGGUGAUCAUGAUGGAGUCGUAGAACUCCUGCGAGUGUUUCUGGCCGUCGCCGUGGCGCAGCCACGGCACCACGAGCACCAUGCUGAGCAGGAACCCGUACCCGAUGAACGCCGUGCCCAUGAUCCCGUGCGCGUUGCACUGCCCGGUGUGCAGGCCGUAGCAGAACCCGAGCGCAGACACGACGGCCAUGCCGCUUUUGAGGAACCCGCACAGCACCAGCAGCACAGAAAACACCUUGUACACGACGCGGGCGACUUUCGGGCCGGCAAGGCCGAUUUUGUCCGCGAAGAGCGACGAGCCCGUGGCCACGCUGCCCGCGAGAAGCGUGAGACAGUAGAAAAACGCCAGGAACCACGCUGUUCCGCGGCUCGUCACGUUCUCCUCGCCGCUGGGGUCCGGAAACCGCAGGACCAGCGCCUCGAGGGCGGCGUAGACGGCACACAGCGCCUGGACCGCGACGCCAGGCGCGAGGCGGCCCGCGAGCACGAAAACAGCGCCGAACGACGGCACAACAACGAGCACCAGCACCGAUAUCAGCCAGUGGAAAAUCAGCGUCUUGUUGACGUUCUGUGCCACGGCGGCAAGGUACGACGUGUCUGCGUCGGCGCCUUCCUCAAACCCGGCACGGGCCGGGCAAACAAGCGUGGCUAG